CUGUUCCCAAAUUUGAAGGCUUCGAUCAAAUUUCAAACAAUUCCAAAUUCUUUACCAAGCAAGCAGAUAAUCCAUGUGGUUAUAAAUACCUUAGCAACAGAGAGACCACAACACAUCAAAAUUUAAGAACCAAAAAGAUAACCGCUUCAAGAGUCUUCUUCUUCUUCUUCUUCUUUAGCCAUGCAAAACACAAAGCCUCAUGCAGCUAUGCUAGCCAGCCCUGGCAUGGGCCAUCUCAUCCCUGUCCUUGAGCUUGGAAAGCGCCUUAUCACCCACCAUAACUUCCAAGUCACCAUUUUUAUCGUUGCAAGUGAUUCUUCUACCACAAAAUCUCUUCUCAAAUCAACAAACCCUAAUCUCACCAUUGUUGCACUUCCUUUAGUAGAUAUCCCUGCUCUAGUUAACCCAAAUGAUAAUAUAGUAACAAAGAUUGUUGUCUUUAUGCGUCAGUCCUUACCAUUUCUCCGUUCAUCCAUAUCGGCUAUGAAAUCCCGGCCGACGGUUUUAGUUGUCGACUUAUUCGGUACCGAAGCUUUUCCUAUAGCAGAUGAAUUUCAUAUGUUAAAGUAUGUUUUUGUAACUUCAAAUGAAUGGUUUCUUGCAAUAGCUAUAUAUUCACCAACAGUUCAUAAUUUGGUUCAAGUACACGUGAACCGGAAACAACCGUUAGAAAUUCCAGGUUUCCGACCGGUUAGGUUCGAGGAUACGAUUGAAGCGUACCCAAUUAUGAAUUUCGAUCGGGUUUAUGGUGAAUUUUCACGUGUUGGAAUUGAAAUACCAAUGUCUGAUGGGAUUUUGAUUAAUACAUGGGAGGAUUUGGAUCCAUCAACGCUUGAAGCUUUAAGAGAUGAUAACAAGUUAGGGAAUGUGACUCGGGUUCCAGUUUAUCCAGUUGGUCCACUGGUUAGACCGGUUGAGUUUGCAGUUCACGGAAACCCAGAGAUAUUAAAAUGGCUCGAGUUGCAACCUAGUGAGUCAGUGAUUUACGUGUCAUUUGGUAGCGGUGGGACAAUCUCUGAAGAGCAAAUGAUAGAGCUGGCAUGGGGAUUGGAGCUGAGUCAGCAAAGAUUUAUUUGGGUGGUGAGGCCACCAGUGAAUGGCGAUGUAUCCGCAUCAUAUUUCACCGUAGGACAAGAAUCCGAUGCGAUUAAAAGUUAUUUCCCAGAUGGAUUUUUGAGUAGGACCCACAACAAGGCAGGGCUUGUUGUGCCAAUAUGGGCUCCACAAAGGGAGAUAUUGGCCCACGUGGAAGUGGGCGGGUUUUUGACCCAUUGUGGUUGGAAUUCAAGUCUUGAAAGUAUUACUAAUGGAGUCCCAAUGAUCGCCUGGCCAUUAUACGCAGAGCAAAAACUGAAUGCAGCUUUAUUGGCGGAGGAGCUUAGGGUGGCCGUGCGACCAAAAACAAAUCCGACGGAGGGUAUAAUUGGAAGAGAAGAGAUAGAGAUGAUGGUUAGAAAUAUUAUGGAGGACAAAGAAAUGAGAAAUAGAGUUAAAAUGCUUAAAAAUAGUGCAGAGAAGGCUUUAAGCAAAGGUGGUACCUCUUAUAAUUCACUCUCUUUAGUGGCCAAAGAAAUCAAGGUUCACGGGUUCUAAUCACAUGACAGAAUUGCAUUUUGCCGUUUCAUAAUAAAACAUUGUCGUUUCAC